CACGGCGCUCAGUGCCAGGCGGGAGGCGGCAGCGGUUGGAGGCUUCGCCGGGCUUUGCAGCGGGGACUUCGGCGGCGGCGGCGCCUCAGGCACCUCGGCCCUGACACAAUGAGGCGAGUGGUACGACAGAGCAAGUUUCGGCACGUAUUUGGACAAGCGGUGAAAAAUGACCAGUGUUACGAUGACAUCCGGGUUUCUCGAGUGACCUGGGAUAGUUCCUUUUGCGCUGUCAAUCCCCGAUUUGUUGCCAUAAUCAUAGAAGCGAGUGGGGGCGGGGCGUUCCUUGUGCUCCCUCUGCACAAGACUGGUCGAAUUGACAAAUCCUACCCUACAGUAUGUGGCCACACAGGACCGGUGCUCGACAUUGACUGGUGCCCGCACAAUGACCAGGUCAUCGCCAGUGGUUCAGAGGACUGCACAGUUAUGGUGUGGCAGAUCCCAGAAAAUGGACUCACCCUCUCCCUGACCGAGCCUGUGGUGAUUUUAGAGGGCCACUCAAAGAGAGUUGGCAUCGUGGCCUGGCACCCGACUGCCCGCAACGUCCUUCUUAGCGCAGGCUGUGACAAUGCCAUCAUCAUCUGGAACGUGGGGACCGGGGAGGCCCUCAUAAACCUGGACGAUAUGCACUCAGACAUGAUUUACAACGUGAGCUGGAACCGGAACGGCAGCCUCAUCUGCACCGCUUCCAAAGACAAGAAAGUGAGAGUGAUCGACCCCAGGAGACAGGAGAUUGUCGCUGAGAAGGAGAAAGCACACGAAGGAGCAAGACCCAUGAGAGCCAUCUUUCUGGCCGACGGGAACGUCUUCACCACUGGUUUCAGCCGCAUGAGUGAGAGGCAGCUGGCUCUCUGGAACCCGAAAAAUAUGCAGGAACCAAUCGCUCUCCAUGAAAUGGACACUAGCAAUGGGGUGUUGCUGCCCUUCUACGACCCCGACACCAGUGUCAUCUACUUGUGUGGAAAGGGGGACAGCAGUAUCCGCUACUUUGAGAUCACAGACGAAUCCCCAUAUGUCCACUACCUCAACACCUUCAGCAGCAAGGAGCCUCAGAGAGGGAUGGGCUACAUGCCCAAGAGGGGACUUGACGUUAACAAAUGUGAGAUUGCCAGAUUCUUCAAACUGCAUGAGAGAAAGUGUGAGCCUAUUAUCAUGACUGUUCCAAGGAAGUCGGACCUUUUCCAGGAUGACCUGUACCCGGACACGGCAGGGCCCGAAGCGGCGCUGGAGGCAGAGGAGUGGUUCGAGGGGAAGAACGCAGAUCCGGUUCUCAUCUCCUUGAAGCACGGGUACAUUCCUGGCAAAAACAGGGAUCUCAAAGUGGUCAAGAAGAACAUUCUGGAUAGCAAGCCCAGUGCAAAUAAGAAGUGUGACCUGAUCAACGUCCCCAAGAAAACCCCGGACACGACCAGUGUGCAAAAUGAAGCCAAGUUGGAUGAGAUUUUAAAAGAGAUCAAAUCUAUAAAAGACACAAUCUGCAAUCAAGAUGAGCGCAUUUCCAAGUUAGAACAGCAGAUGGCGAAGAUCGCCGCCUGAAGGUCCACCCCCCACCCCCAAAAUGGGAGCAGGAACUCGGUGCGCGGUAGCUGGUUGUGGGCGUGGUCCCAGGGAGGGCGGAAGGGAGGCACUGCCUUGGGGACCUUCCGUGUCAGCUUGGUCGACCAGCGACGGGCUGCAUUCCAGUCAGAACUCAAUUCGUCUCCCAAAUUUGCAGAAACAAAAUGUGAUUUAAAAGCUGAGCUUUUUAUCAGAAAGCUUUUUUGAUGUUUUAAGUGUUACGUGACUUGUCGAACUUUUAAAAGACAAAAGUGCUACUUUUAAAAUCCCAGAUAUUCUGAAUUUUAGAAAUCCAACCAAUUCUGAUUCAGUGUCGUGCCCACGUACCUUUUUUUUUUUUUUUUUUUAUAAACAGGGACCAAUGCCACAUUGCUUUUUAUAUUUCUUUUUUUUUAAUGUUGCCAAAACCAAAAGUAGCUCCUCGCCCCCCGCCCUUGUAUUUUGCUACUUUGCAGUAUUUGUGUGUGGUUUUUUUUUUCUCCUUGAUUUGAAAGGGACAGCACUGUGUAUGUUUAUAAACUAAAUGAAGAUAUUAUUUUGUAUACACGUUCAUCCGAGAACAAUCAGCGCGGUAGCCACGUGGUGCUGGCUCGUUGGCGGCACAAACCCGGUCACUCUCACGACCGUAUGGAAGGAGGACUUGAAAACUCACGUGGGGUCGCGUCCCCACCACCCCCCUCCUUUCACAGAGUCUUCUGAUCAAAAAAAAAAAAAGCUCCUCUUGUAUCGUCUCCUUUCUUUCCUUUCUCUUUCCUAGAAACUGGGUGGUUGUACCAGAUGGAAUUUCACUUCUCAGUUAUCCUGUGCUUCAGAUGAUUAUAAUCUCACCUGAA